UUUGACAAGUAUUAUGAAGCUGUGGCAGGGUGUAUUGCUUCUCCAUACUAUAAUAUAUUCCCUGUGAAUCUGGUGAUGUUCACAGAAAUUAUUCUGAACAAAAAUAUAAACGCAACAUGCAACAUUUUCAUUGAUUUUACGGAGUUACCGUUCAUAUGAGGAAAUCAGUCAGUUACUCUAUGGAUCUCACAUGAAUGGGAAUACAGAUAUGCAUUUGUUGGUCAUGGAUACCUCUGUAAUUUAUGCCUGCCCGUACCAUAACCUCACCGCCACCAUGGGGGCACUCUGUUCCCAACCUUGACUUCAGCAAACUGCUCCCCCACACAACGCCAUACAUGUGGUCUGUGGGUUUGAGGCCGGUUGGACGUACUGUCAAAUUCUUUAAAACAACGUUAGAGGCGGAUUAUGGUAAAGAAAUGAACAUUCAAUUCUCUGGCAACAGCUCUGGUGGACAUUCCUGCAGUCAUCAUGACAAUUGCACACUCCCUCAACUUGAGAUCUGUGGCGUUGUGUUGUGUGACAAAACUGCACAUUUUAGUGGCCUUUAUUGUCCACAGCACAAGGUGCACCUGUGUAAUGAUCAUGCUGUUUAAUCUGUUUCUUAAUAUGCCACACCUGUCAGGUGGAUGAAUUAUCUUGGCAAAUGAGAAAUGCUCACUAACAGAGACGUAAACACAUUUGUGCACAAAUUGAGAAAAAUAAGCUUUGUGUGUGGAAUUUCUGUCAUCUUUUAUGUCAGCUCAUGAAACAUGGGACCAACACUUUACAUGUCGCGUUUUAUAUUUUUGUUCAGUAUAUGAAAGUGUGUUUUAGGCACCAAUUAACAGCGUUGCAUAGCUAGCAGAGGGGGCUCUCCUUGUAUGGGUCCUCACUGUGGAAUCUUGAAUUUAUGUGUGUCUGUUUGUAUGGAGUAGUUGGAUGGAUGUCUUUUUUCCCCCCUGGAAACCUGUCCUCUGGUACUGGGCUCUGUGAAGGGGAGGUAGGGAGGGGGAAGCUUAUCGAGGUAUGCAGUGUGUGUUCAUGGCUUCUCUUCUUCUCUGCCCUCUCUUCCUCCUUUUACCAAAGGUCUUCCACCCUGCAGCACUGCAAAGAAAGUGAAUCUUUGUGAAAUAUUAUUCUCUCCUCUGACUGAGUCAGCUCCACAAAGACUGAAGGUUUUGUUAUUGAGCAGCAGACCGAGCCCAUCUGAGGGAGAACAGGGCCCAGUAGAACUGGUCUUUCUGGGUCUGUGCAGGGAGGAGUGACGGAACUGCAGUGCGCACUGAUCCCAGGCCACUUCUGUCAGUCUGUGUGGCUCAUUUGACCCAGUCUCCAGAUUGAUACUGAUGUAACACCUGACCUGAGACCGGCCAAGUUCAAAGGUCAACAGCGUCCGUCAUGCUGCCAAAUCCCCAAAUUACUCUUAAGCACUGGAGCUAAGUAGACCACAAGACGUAUCGCUAUUAGCCUACUCCAUGGUGCUUAUCAGACUGUCUCUCAAGCUCAGGAAGGGGCAGCGUAGGCUCCCAGGAAGAGGAUGCGGUGUCCAGGGAGGCCCUUACCCUGGUAGCAGCACUGGCUGUAAUGGGAAAUCACAUUGUGUGGUUAAUCGUAUAGUGAGGCUCCAAGGUGUGUGGUCACCGGUCAUACCUCCACCUUGUGGCCUACAUUGAGAAUGUUGUUGCAGCCCUGACUAUUGCCUCAUGGGCUACAAGCAGUUUAAAAGGGAGAGACUUCGGGAUGUUAUUUUCCUAGUCAAUUGUUUUUGUGUACUGUGCUCUAGAGAUGCUUAACCGGCCGGUCACAUGGCUGUAAAUCACGGCAGGGGACCCUGAGUUCUCCUUUUAGACCAAUUUUAAUCAAGUGGCUUAAUUCUGUUUAUUUAUAUUGUCAGUCUUGUACCUUUUGGGCAGUCAGCAGUGAUAGGUCUAGAAUGAGCGGUUCAUGGCUUGUUGCCAUGUACCAUUGCUUGGUGUUUAAGGAUCGGCUAUAUCUCUUUUUUGCUGUAGUUGAGGGUUGACAGACUGUACUGAGAGAGAGAACCCCUUUUGUGCAGGGUUUAUGGAGUGGACAACGUUGGUGUUAUUACAGCUUUGAUAGUAGAAAAUGACAAGGGCAAUGCUGUUACUGUGGAAUUGCAUACAGCAUACUUUCUCUGUCCACAACCAUUGUAAUAUACUGGGAAGCCAAAAUGUUCAAUCUGGAGAUUUAAAUGAUGAUCAAGAAUCCUCCUGGUUUAGCAACCCCACCACUCGCUGUUGUACAGAACUAGUUCCUGGCUGCUUGUCACAAAAGGACUGUUUGAAAUGCACCAAUUUAAGAUUAGAAUUUUGAUUACAACAUGCGCUUAGGCUCUAGUUUUUUUCAGUUCAGAUUUACUCCAGGCAGACAAUGUGGUGUAUAGCCUAUAGGCCCAGUGUUUACAUCUGUUUUGUAUUUUACCCCCUUUACAAUUUUUGAUCUUCUCUCAUUGCUGCAACUCUCCAACGGGCUCGGGAGAGGCGAAGGUGGAGUCAUGCAUCCUCCAAAACGUGACCCGCCUAACCGCGCUCCUUAACACCUGCCGGCUUAACCCGGAAGCCAGCUGCACCAAUGUGUCGGAGGAAACACUGUUCAACUGGCGAUGAGCCAGGUGUGGCGGAUGGUGUAGGUGGAUGGAGGGACUACGGGGUGGACCCGUCCCAGUUCUCUGCCACCUUGAUGAGGACAUGUGAGCGAUUGGUGAAGGAGGGCCGCUUCACCCCCAGCAGCCCUGUGGGCAUCCUCACCUCUGGCUACUAUGAGCUCCUACAAAACAAAGUACCCCUGCUUGGGAGCAGCACAGCAUGUAUCGUGGUCCUGGACCGAAGGAGCCACCAACUGCACACGUGUAAUCUAGGUGACUCUGGUUUCCUGGUGGUGCGAGGGGGAGAGGUGGUGCACCGCUCAGACGAACAGCAGCACUACUUCAACACCCCUUUCCAGCUGUCCAUCGCUCCCCCAGGAGCAGAGGGAGUGGUACUCAGUGACAGCCCUGAGGCCGCUGAUAGUGCCUCUUUCGAUGUCCAGCUGGGUGACAUCAUCCUGACCGCCUCGGAUGGCCUCUUCGACAACAUGCCCGACUACAUGAUCCUGCAAGAGCUCAAAAAGCUCAAGAGCGCCAACUAUGACAGCAUCCAGCAGACGGCACAGAGCAUUGCAAAGCAAGCGCACGAACUGGCCUAUGACCCCAACUACAUGUCCCCUUUCGCUCAGUUUGCCUGUGACAAUGGCCUGAAUGUAAGAGGGGGGAAGCCUGAUGACAUCACGGUGCUGCUGUCCAUUGUGGCAGAAUACACAGACUAAGUGUGUGUGAUGCUUAUUGCAUCCGUUUACUUCCCGCCAUUCAAGUCUUCCACCUGCCUCAAGUGCACUGGUUCCUGUCGGACGGACUGCAGCCCCCCCCCCCCCCCCCCCCCUCAUAUCCCCUCACUGACCUUCCUAUCCCACCGCCACGAUAUGGAACACAAACUCCUCACCACAGAAUUUAGCUAUAUCUGUAUUCUUCCAUUUUGUUUUGGUACUCUAUUAUUGAGAGGAGGCAGGCAGCCAAGACUUUCUCGUGUUAAUCGUGAAGCACACGGUGUAGAACACCACACUGCUUUCUUCCCAUUCUCCGAUAUCUUACUUCAAAACAUCACUUCAUUGGGACUGCGACCGAAGUGCAGUCCUGAAUGCGGGGGGGGGGGGGGGGUUGCUUUUGCGGGGAGGGACCCGAUAUGGGGAUAGAGUUGGGCUCGGUCGCCCUGAAACAAGCAGUGGUAUUAUAAGUAAAGUAAGCCAUGGUCUGUGGUUGUUAGGGAGAUUUGAGUGUCUGUUGUAAAUGUCGUAGCUGUGUGAUGAUCUGUUCCAAGUCUGUGUGUGGCUGAAUACUAAGACUGGGGAACUGAGAGGGACUGUGUUGUUGUGGGUUUUAGAGAGGGUUGUGACUUGUAAUAAGAAAGGAUGUAGAUACAGUAUGAGUUUGGUGUUGUUGUCUUGGACUUGUAUGAAGGGGUAGUUGGCCAGUACAAUUUACUAGCACCUCUAGCAGGGAUUUCUACAGAGUGCCACCUAUAGGCUAGUCUGAAAUGUCACCACAUUGAGGUUACUGAAAAGUUCUGUCAGUGCACACAGCCUCAUGGAUUUGUAGAUAUUGUGUGUUGUGAAACAAGGCGGAGUGUGUCUUCACUUUGACGCUGAUAAGGAUGCAAAGGAUGAUCAUUUUGCUUUGUGACAGAUGUAUACGAACGAGCAUUCACAAUCUAUAAAGGUAAAUAUUCUCAAUCCCUCCCUUCUGUGGGCCGAAAGAACCACGACAUUGACACGUUCGACCCGGUAGUAGUGUGUCAGAACUAUGACAGCAUGACUGCGUGGCAUGUCUUUGUCGGCGUGUGUGUGUGUGUGCGUGCGUGCGCAGUAAGUGGGUGUAGGUUCUUGUAUGAAUGUCUUUGCUGUUGAUACAUGUUAACUUGCAAAGCUAAUGCUAGCAUCUGGGAAUGCUUUCAACCAAACCAAUAGGGCAGGUAUGAAUUAUAUAUAUAAAAAAACAAAGAUUUAUUUUUAUAACUUUAAUGUUAUUAGUUUGAGAGCCAUGAUGUGACGGUUGAAAUGUGUCAUCCAACAUGGAUUCACCGUGUGAUUCUUUUGUGACGCCUUAUAUAGCUCCAUGGAUGGCAAAUAUGAAUCAUACCAUCUUACUACUCAGUAGGAAUCAUACCAUCUUACUACUCAGUAGGAAUCAUACCAUCUUACUACUCAGCAGGAAUCAUACCAUCUUACUACUCAGUAGGAAUCAUAUGUAGUCUGUGUGGUGGGUGUCAUCUCUAAAAAAAUAUUUUUUCUGUCUCCCAAUAAUGAUUUACUUGCUGCUUUUAUUUUGUCAUUUCAAUGUGUUUGACUGUACCUUAUUUAUGUGAAUGGUGUGUGCGCCAUUUUGUUAUUUUUGAUCAUCCUGUACUGGUCUUGGCAUGCUGUUGAGUCUUCUGCAUAAUAGCAGACUACACACACCUCUCUUUAUUGUUAGCCAGUGUUUGCUCUGUUAUGAUUAUGAAGCCAGUGCACCAAAGAGGAAUAUUCACUAUCUUUGCCCCAUUGAUUUCAUCUGGGUUUGGAGUAAAACAUGCACCAAUACUGUAACACAAAUUGUCUCUGUAUUUUCACAUUGAGAGCAUAUCUGUCAAUCUGUUUGACAGGUAAUUUGUCAUUUUGCUUGUGGGGAAUGAUGCUAGGUUGUAUUUUCGGUGCAAAACAGUCAGAAGACCACUAAGGUGUCUUUUUAUUUGUGCCUAAAAUGCAAUGUGACCAGAACAGGGGCUUGGUCGUAUUGGCUUCUCUAGUUGUAUGUGACAGGUAGUCUGUGAGCAACAAACUACAAUGCAGGCUUUUGAAUCCUUAAAGAAACCAAAGAAGGAGAGCCGAACUUCACAAGUGUGACCAGGGUACAGCUUCUAAUCUAAAACCUGCAGUCAGGCUAACAUAGUGUAAUGGAGACCAAUUAAGUUGUCACUAUUUAUCAUCUUUCUUAGUUUUGCAUAAAAAUAAUUUAAAAGAACAUCAAGCAACCAUACAGGCAAGAUCAAUGGGUACAAUUAAAUGUAUGUUUGUGUACUAAAUACGAUUUCAAUUUGGUUUAAGUUAAUUUUCUGUAGCCUUUGACUUCAUUUCAUGAAUAUCGUCUGUCCUAUGCAUUCUGUAUUUGCAUGACAAGCUGUCUUUGUCCCAGCUAUUUGAACUACUGGAAUUUGCUUACCUGCAAAGGUGCCCCUGUCACUCACAGCUUGCCUCGCCUCCAAAUGUCUGGUCAGCUCCCCUUAAUUUAAAACUUCAAACACUUAAACAUGCACCAACGUUCAUUGGUCAUUCUCAUAUUUCCAGUUUGCUCUUUCUGACAGUCUGUGGGGGUGCACUGUGUUAAUUAAUAAUUACCUGAUCUGAUUUUGAGACAGUCAACCUCUAUGGUUUAAGGACACUCUGUGUUGAAGCAGGAAGGGCGAGGCAGGUUGAAGUGCUUUUUAUUGAUAAUGGUGAGCACCGAUUCCGCCUUAACAAAUAGAUGUAUCUUGUAUGUUGCUCAAUGUCAAUUAAGUCCCUCUAAUUCUGUCCACACUCAUGACAGUUUUUCAAUGGUGCUUCUGCUGUCAAGACAAGGUCUGUGUGUUUUUCUCUAAGCAAUGUUUGUGAGUUACAUGUGUGUGCGCAAUGUAAUAAUGCAGGACUAGGUUCUGUAAAUAUGUUUUCAAAGUUGCAAAAUAUUUAAAUAAAGAAUAUAGUAUUUAUACUAAGA